AUCUCCUGCCGCUCCCUGUACUUUAGGCCGGGCGGCCCCGUGCUCGCCCUCUUUUUCUAAGAUGGCUCCGAAGGCGAAGAAGGAAGCUGUCCCUGCCAAGACUGAGGCUAAGUCCAAGGCCUUGAAAGCAAAGAAGGCCAUUUUGAAGGGGGUUCAUAGUCACAGGCAGAAGAAAAUUAGGACGACACCUACCUUCAGGAGACCAAAGACACUCAGACUGAGAAGGCAACCCAAGUACCCCAGAAAGAGUGCUCCCAGGAGGAACAAAUUGGACCAUUAUGCUAUCAUUAAGUUCCCUCUGACCACUGAGUCUGCUAUGAAGAAAAUCGAGGACAACAAUACUUUGGUUUUCAUUGUUGACAUCAAGGCCAAUAAACAUCAGAUAAAACAGGCUGUCAAGAAACUGUAUGAUAUCGAUGUAGCUAAAGUCAACACUCUUAUCAGGCCCGACGGUGAGAAGAAAGCUUACGUCCGUCUGGCCCCAGACUAUGAUGCAUUGGAUGUUGCUAAUAAGAUUGGCAUCAUCUAAACUGAUUUCAGGAAGAGCUGUAUAAAUAUUUCAAUAAAGUUUUAAAAUGAAAGAUGAA